AUAAGUUAUUACUCUAGGAUAAGUUAUUUGAUUAUAAUCGGGCUUAUCAGAUAAGCUUUGCUUUCCGUAGCAGCUUCAGUAAUACUUGAAGCGUCGUCAUUUGAAUUAGCUCGCGCAAAUAUGUAAAAAUGAAAGAGGUUUAUUUGGCUCUACUUUUCACGGUUUGCAUCUGCGACGUGUUUUUAGUGACAGGUAUUGAAGGACCACAAUGCUUUCAAUAUACAUGGCGAGGUGCAAGAUCUGACGAGAAAGACUGCCCGGAGAAUGAAGAAAAAUACCAAGAUGUUCCUUGCAUAGAACCAAUUAUGCCUGGUAAAGAUAAACCAAAUACCGCUGAACUAUGGUACAACUUAACCGCACGACGUAAUGAAAGUCUAGAUAAAUAUUUUUGUUCAAUGGAGAAAGGCGAUGUUUGUGUAAGAUAUACGUACAUGUAUAAUAGCGCAGUUGUGAACGUCAGUUAUUUCUGUGGCAAAGUCAUAGAAGACAAGACAACGGCGGUUGAGUCGGGUUGUUUCGUUCAUUAUACUGAGGGAUAUAUUAUUGAAGCGUGUGCCUGUCUGUCUGUAAACGGCACUAUACCUUGCAACUCAACAAGAAGGAAUAUGUACUCGAUACUAAUCACUUUCAUGGCUACAGCUGUUCCACUGUUUAUAUAUAAAACGUUCAAUAUUCCCUGACACUUUUGGCAAUAUCUUAAAUUUUCUGUGAUAUGGAUGAAAUUGUACAAAUUAUCUAUAUUUAACGUUUAUUUCCAUUUAUGUGCA